AUGUGCACGUCCCUCGUCCGAGACGCCGCGUGGGGGCCGCAGCUUGUGCAUGACAGCGGCAGUAAACCAUGUCAGCCACAAAAGUAUCCGCUUGACGUGCCAAGCCACCCGCACCUGUCAAUGGCCGCACGGAAGCGCGAGCCGCCGUCGAGCUGGACGGAGGCGAAGAAGCCCCGAUUGAAUGGACAUGGCGUGAAGACAGAGCGCUCGACGUUUGUGGAAGACCUGGAGAGCAUGACGCCGGUGCCCACGACAGCCAGUGCGUGGGCGCGCAAGCCCUUGGGCCCCCUUGACCCGCACGUGGACGCAGUGGCUUUCCAAUGGAUCGACAUUGACAUGUACGACGGGCUUCCGCUCCAGAAGAACCCGAAGGAGGGAGCGGCAGUGCCGGGAGUCCAGUUCAGUGGAGACGCGAGGCAGAGCGCAGCUGUCAUCCGUCUCUUUGGCGUCACGAUGGAAGGCAACAGCGUGCUCAUGCACGUCCAUGGCGUGUUGCCCUAUUUCUACUGCUUUUGUCCAGACAAUUUCGAUGAGAGUCGCUGCAGAGAUGUGCGACAGGCACUUGACUCGGCUGUAAGUCAGCGAGACCGAGACAGCAGCAGCAGCAGCAGCAAUGCGCGCGUCGUGGGCGUCCAAGUGGUACGGGACAAGAUGUCUAUUUACGGCUACCAAUUUGACAGGACAACGACGCUCUUUAAGAUCUUUCUGAGCAUGCCCAGCUACGUUCCCAAGCUGCGCAGUGCUCUGGAAGCGGGUCUCACGCUCCCGGGCUGUGAUUUUCGCAAUUACCAGACGUAUGAGAGCAACGUGCCAUUUAUUCUGCGCUUUAUGAUCGACGAGGAUGUCAGAGGAUGCAACUGGGUGGAAGCGCCCCAUGGCACGUACUCGGUACGCUCGUCCUCCCAGAAAAUGUCGCUGUGUCAGCUGGAGAUCGAUAUCACGUACGACAAUUUAGUGAGUCAUGCGCUAGAAGGAAGAUGGAGUAAGGUGGCUCCUUUCCGGAUCUUGAGUUUUGAUAUCGAGUGCAUGGGUCGGAAAGGACACUUCCCGGAGGCCGAACAAGACCCAGUGAUUCAAAUUGCCAACGUCGUACAGGAGCAGGGAUCUACCACACCUAUUAUCCGCAAUGUCUUUGUGCUAGACACCUGCAAACCAAUAGACGUAGACCCGGAUAUUAUCACUGGUUACAAUAUUGCCAAUUUUGAUAUUCCGUACUUGCUUAACCGUGGCAAGGCUCUUAAGUUGCAGAACUACAAUCGCUUGGGUCGACUAGCAAACACCUCGGCGCAAUAUGGCAAGAGCGAAAACGUUAAAACGACGAUCCAUGGACGAUGCAUGUUUGAUUUGCUGCCGAUUAUGCGUCGUAACCAACAGCUGAGCUCAUACUCGCUAAAUGCAGUGAGUGCUGCUUUCUUGGGUCAACAAAAAGAAGACGUGCCUCACGGUAUCAUCAGUGACUUGCAGCUAGGUACUGACGACGACCGCCACCGUCUCGCUGUGUACUGUCUGAAAGAUGCGUACUUGCCGCUACGAUUGCUGGACAAACUCUCUUACCUCGUUAAUCACAUCGAAAUGGCCCGUGUUUCCGGCGUCCCGAUCGACUUCCUGAUCGAGCGCGGUCAGCAAAUCAAAGUUUUCUCCAUGCUUUUGCGCAAGUGCAAGGACGCAUCACUCGUUGUGCCGACGCUCCCUCGCUCGCAGAACAGUGAAGACACAGGCUAUGAGGGCGCCACUGUGAUUGAGCCCAUGAAAGCAUUUUACACAGUACCCAUCGCAACUCUUGAUUUUGCAUCCCUGUACCCGUCGAUCAUGCAGGCCUUCAACCUUUGUUACUCGACGCUAGUGGCGCCUGGAGAUGCGGACAAACUGGCUCCUGGUGAUUACCAGAAGUCUCCAUCGGGAGAUAUUUUUGUGACAAGCAAAAAGAAGAAAGGCAUUCUGCCACUGAUACUGGAGGAAGUGCUGGCAGCAAGAAAGCAGGCAAAGCGAGAUAUGGAUGCUGCCACUGAUCCAAUGGAAAAAGCAGUGCAAAACGGUCGACAACUUGCUCUCAAAGUGAGUGCAAAUUCUGUGUACGGAUUUACGGGUGCAAUUGUUGGGCAAAUGCCAUGCAUUCCAAUCGCGUCAAGUACAACAGCAUAUGGUCGCCAGUUGCUGUUCCGUACGCGUGAGGAAGUUGAACGCGUGUACACGGUUGCAAAUGGGUACAAGGCGGAUGCACAAGUAAUAUACGGAGACACGGAUUCUGUGAUGAUCAAGUUUGGUGUUGACACCGUGGCCGAUGCCAUGCCACUUGCUGAAGAGGCUGCCAAGCGUGUGUCAGAAAUUUUUCCAGCUCCGAUUAAGCUGGAAUUUGAGAAGGUAUACUUUCCGUACUUGCUGAUGAACAAAAAGCGGUACGCUGGUUUGCUCUGGACAAGGCCAGAAAAGUACGAUAAGCUGGACUCCAAAGGCCUUGAGACCGUUCGUCGUGACAAUUGCUUGCUGGUACGGCGUAUGGUCGAAUCAGUACUGCGCAAGAUCCUUAUUAAUCGAGAUGUGCCGGGCGCUAUUGCGUACACGAAAAACGUUAUUUCGGAUCUGCUGCAGAAUCGCAUCGAUAUCUCACUGCUGGUGAUCACGAAAGGGCUGAAAAAGACUGUUGAUCAAGAUGACUAUAAGGUAAAGCAGGCCCACACUGAGCUGGCUGAACGAAUGCGGAAACGGGAUGCCGGAUCUGCUCCAGCUCUGGGUGAACGUAUCGCUUACGUGAUUAUUGACAAGGGCAAAGCCACGCCAUUGUACGAGAAGGCGGAGGAUCCUGUGUAUGCCCUGGAAAACAACAUACCGAUUGACUGCGACUACUACAUGAAACAGCAGUUGCAAAACCCGCUGGAGCGUAUUUUUGAGCCCAUCAUUGGCCUGAGUAAGGUCAAGUCAGAUCUUCUUAAUGGUACGCACACCCUCAAGCGUUCUAAACCCAUUCUAAAGCAGAACAGCGGCGGCAUGAUGAAUUUUGCUGUGAAGAAGCUGAAGUGUCUAGGCUGCAAGGCCCCACUGAAUGGCAAGGGAGCGCUUUGCCGCAGCUGCAUUGAGCGCGAGGCAGAAGUAUUUUCACGUCAGCUCGUGUCGGUCAAUGAGCUCGAGCACAUGUUUGCUCGCCUUUGGACACAAUGCCAAAACUGCCAGGGCAGUUUGCACCAAGACGUGUUGUGCUCCAGUCGCGAUUGCCCGAUCUUUUACAAGCGCAUAAAGGUGCAAAAGGAUCUUGGAGAGGCCCAGGCCUCGUUGGAACGUUUUCAGUCCGUGGAUUGGUAG